CCAAUUCUAUAACUUAUUGAUAUAGCAUGCAUUGGACCCAUAUUAAUUUAUUCUAUUAAGUUAAUAUCUGAAAUUGCCAAGUUAGUUGCUUACAGUAAUUAUUUACUCGCAACACUGUAUACGUUACUGCACUAAGCAGGAUUGGCAAGUGGCAAAGAAUCGGGAGAUGAAACUAACAUAUGCGCACUUGCUACCGCUCAUGAAAGAGGUCUAUGGUAAUGGUCGUGCUUAUUGACGGUGGGUUCUCUACUCAGUUGAAGAAACAUUUGAGAGUGGACGAUGCGGCUUUGGCUGAAAAACCAUUGUGGUGUGCGGAGUUUGUGAAAACCAAUUCAGAUGCUGUUGUGAAAACCCAUGCAGACUAUGUGGCUGCUGGCUGUGACGUUAUAUUGACUAACACAUAUCAAGCAAGUGUUGAUGGAUUUCACAAGUACCUUGGACUUGACCGAGAAAGUAGCAUAGAUUUGAUGAAGAGGGCAGUUCAACUGGCAAAACAAGCUUCCGAGACAACUGGCAAUGGGUGCAGUGUUUUGGUAGCAGGAUCAGUCGGGCCUUACGGAGCUUGCUUGCAUGACGGUUCUGAAUACACAGGAACUUACAUAGAGACUCUGACUCAGCAACAGCUGAUGGACUGGCAUAGGCCGAGGAUACAGGCACUGGUAGAGGCUGGGGUGGACUUGCUGGCUGUGGAGACAAUACCUGCAGUAGGGGAGGCUGUGGCUGUGCUGACAUUGCUGAAGAACGAGUUCCCCAAUCAGAAGGCCUGGAUCAGCUUUACUUGUAAAGAUGAGCUGCAUAUUUCACACGGAGAAACACUCAAAGAGGCGGUGGCACAGUGUUGCCAAAUCAACAGGGAUCAGUUGGUAGCAGUUGGUAUCAAUUGUUCCAAUCCUGUGUUUAUCGCAGAUUUGCUCAGAAGUGCGCAGGAUGUGCCCCAACGCCCCCCUUUUGUUGUAUACCCCAACUUAGGGGCCACUUGGACACCAGGUGUUGGCUGGACUGACAUAGACUCCAAUCACCCGUUGGUCCAUUACCUGCCAGAAUGGAUCUCACUGGGAGCAGAGUAUAUCGGAGGCUGUUGUCAAACUACGGCCGAAGAUAUGAAGAGCUGCAGGGAAUAUUUAGACUCGAAAAUAAAAUGACUUUAUA